CCAGUCUCUUAAAAAAAAAAAAAGAUACUGAGAGCAAAAAGAAUUUUUGUUACACAUCUAAAAGUUAAAGUUCAGCUCUGGCCUCUCUGAACUCAGCUUCCCUAAUAGAGGAAACCUGAGGAAGACAGGUGGUUUGAAAACCAUGGCCCAGGUGCCAUUGACAUUCAGUGAUGUCGCCAUAGACUUUUCUCAGGAGGAGUGGGAAUGCCUAAAUUCUGAUCAGAGGGAUUUGUACAGAGAUGUGAUGUUGGAGAAUUAUACUAACUUGGUCUCACUGGACUUUGAUUUUACAACUGAGACCAACAAGUUAUCUUCAGAAAAAAGCAGUUAUGAAGUAAAUUCAUACCAUCGGGAGACAAUGAAAAGAAGUAAAACCUUCAACCUAAUGAGAUUUAUUUUCAGAAAUGACCCACAGUGCAGAAUUGAAUUUGGGAGAGAACAGGGACCCAACAUGGGAUGUUUUAGUCAAAUGACAUUUAUAAAACAUAUAUCUCUUCCUCUACAUCAGAGAAUUCACUCUAGAGAGAAAUCCUAUGAAUGUAAGGAAUGUAGGAGGGGCUUUAGAAAAAAAUCACACUUUACUGAACAUUUGAGAGACCAUAAUGGUGUGAGACCAUAUGAAUGUAAAGAAUGUGGAAAGGCCUUUAUAGUUCUCCAGCAUCUUAUUAGACAUAAAAAAAUGCACACUGAUUUGAAACCCUAUGGAUGUAAUGGAUGUGAGAAGGCCUUUAGGUUUUAUUCACAGCUUAUUCAACAUCAGAUAAUUCAUACUGGUGUAAAACCUUAUGAAUGUAAGCAAUGUGGGAAGUCUUUUAGACGUUAUUCUCACGUUACUGAACAUCAGAAAAUUCAUAUUGGUUUGAAACCCUAUGAAUGCAAUGAAUGUGGGGAAACUUUUAGAUUGUACCGACAUAUGUGCCUACAUCAGAAAAUGCAUCAUGGUGUGAAACCCUAUAUAUGCAAGGAAUGUGGGAAGGCUUUUGGUCAUCGCUCAAGUCUUUAUCAACAUAAGAAAAUUCAUUCUGGUGAGAAACCAUAUAAAUGUAAACAAUGUGGAAAGGCCUUUGUUCGCAGCUAUCUACUUAUUGAACAUCAGAGAAGUCAUACUGGCGAGAAGCCUCAUGAAUGUAAGGACUGUGGAAAGGCCUUUAGUAGGGGCUCAAGCCUUCUUAAACAUAAGAGAAUUCAUAGUAGUGAGAAGCUCUAUGAUUGUAAGGAAUGCGGGAAGGCCUUCUGUAGAGGCUCUCAACUUACACAACAUCAAAGAAUUCAUACUGGUGAGAAGCCACAUGAAUGCAAAGAAUGUGGGAAGACAUUUAAGCUUCAUUCAUACCUUAUUCAACAUCAGAUAAUUCAUACUAAUUUGAAACCACAUGAAUGUAAACAAUGUGGGAAAGCCUUCAGUCGUGUUGGAGACCUUAAAACACAUCAGUCAAUUCAUGCAGGGGAGAAACCAUAUGAAUGUAAGGAAUGUGGAAAAACCUUUAGACUUAAUUCUCAACUGAUUUAUCAUCAGACAGUUCAUACUGGUUUGAAACCAUAUGUAUGUAAAGAAUGUAAAAAGGCCUUUCGUUCUAUCUCAGGUCUUUCUCAACAUAAGAGAAUUCAUACUGGUGAAAAACCCUAUGAGUGUAAAGAAUGUGGUAAGGCCUUUAAUCGUAGUGAUCGUCUGACUCAGCAUCAGAGAAUUCAUACUGGUGUGAAACCACACAAAUGUAAGGACUGUGGAAAGGCCUUUACUCAUUGCUAUCAACUUACCCAACAUCAAAGAUUUCAUAGUGGUGAGAAACUCUUGAUGUAGUGAGAGUCAGAAAGCCUUUUAGCCAUGGCACAUCCUUUACCAUUAUCACUAUUCCACCACCUAAUGAUGUUAUGGUAAAGAUUAAGUUAUUUAACAUAAAAAUAUAAAUGCUUAGAAAGGCAUCUGGCACAUAGUGUUUGUUUACUAAGUAUUGUGGUUUUUAAAUGAUAAUCACUAGUAUUACUGUAUAUAAAUUCAUGUGGAAGGAGGACUCUAUAAGCAUAUUUUUUUCAGAUAAUUCAUUCUGGACAAAAUCCCAUAGAAUAUAUUAAACAAGACCCUUUUUUAUUCAAAGCUCAACCCCUUGAAGGUUAAUAAGAAGAAACCCUGUGCCUUUAUUGAAUAUUGAGAAUUUAGCUGUUGAAAAAUUAGAAAGUAGUUUGCAGAAACUUUUCUUACAAUAAAUUCUGUAAUACAGAUAACAUACAAUCCACAUUCCCUACAAUUGAAAUAAAUUAAAAACUAAUAAUUUGGUAGCCAAAGACAUACGUUGACUUGGAAAAGUUUUCCUCAAGUUUUUGAAAGUUUCCAAACUUACAUAAAAGGUACAGCAGUGUUACAAUGAUGUUUUUUUGCCCUCCACCUAGAUUCAAUAUCUAAUAUUUCUCUAUGUAUGAACAUGUAUAUAUACAGAUGCACAAAUACCAUAUAUCAUUCUUAUUGCAUAUUGAAUGUAAUUUACAUACAUCAUUUUGCUGUGUUUUUCAGUGAAUGUUUUAGAUAUCACUUCACCUCUAAAAAGUCAACAUACAAUUCUUAGAAUUAAGGAUAAUCUUCUAGAUGACCAUUAACCCACUGUUACCUAAAAAGACAUUAACAAUAACCCUAUAUUGUUUUACAACAUUCAGCCCUUUUACAAAUUUCUCUGAUUGUUUAAAGAACAUCUUCUAAAAGUGCUGGAUUUUUAAAAAGUCAAAAACCAAACUAAGCUCAUAUAUAUGACUGUGGCUUAUUGAGUCUGAUAAGAAUUGGUCAAGAAUUUACUCUCCACCUCCUUACCUUUUUUGAAGACUCAGAAGAAGUAACCUACAUAAUAUUGUUAAUUCCAUAUUUGUCCUUUUUCUCAAGGUGGGCUUAACUUUUCCUCUUUCCUUUGUAUUUAUUUUGAACUGAAGGUUUAUGUCUAGAGGCUUGAUUAGGUUUCAGAUUACACAUUUUUUACAAGACAACUUCAUAGGUAAUAGUGUACUUAAUAUUAUAAAAUAUCAGUUGGCAUACUAGUGAAACUAUGUUUGGUCUCUUGGUUCAUGUAUUGAUCACCAUUUCUCUCCGUUGUACUGGUACAUUUUUUCUUUGCAAUUAGUAAUCCACGGAAAGUCACAUUGGCAUUCCACUUGAAAUUUAAAUUGGUUAUUAUUUUAAAGAAAUUAAGACCCCCCCAAAACUCCUCAUAUUUUAUAUUUAUCCAUAUAUUUACCUUUCCCCAUGCUCUUCAUUAUUCCCAGUUACCAAUUCCCAAUGGUCUGAAUUUCCAUGUGGUAUCAUUUUCCUUCACCUUAAAGAACUUUAGCAUUUCUUGGAGUGCACAUCUGCUGGUGAUGAAUUUUCAGUUUCUUUUACUGAAUGCCUUUGUUCUUGAAGGGAGUAUUUUUCUUAAAAUAGAUUUAUGGGUUUUAUUGUGUAUUUUGAAAAAGAUAUUGUAACGCUGAC